AUGGCCGAGUCCGACAAUAAGCGCAAGUACGGAGGCGGUCACCUUCAGCCCGCCAAAAAGGUCCGCAGAGACGGGCCUUGCUCGCGAAAACAUCACAAUGUCCUCCCCGAACCUGCUAGCGAUGGACUUCCGCGUCUCCCCCAGAUCAGCAAUGAAUACCGGAAUGUUGUCUUCACCCACCCCAGCCAGGCGCCUCAGGACCCUCAAGCCAGCUAUGACCGACUCGAGUUCCUUGGUGACGCCUACCUCGAACUCUACGCGACACAGUUGAUAUUCAAUCGCUUUCCCGAUCUCGAAGUCGGCAAAAUGUCCCAACUGCGGGAGACACUGGUCAGAAACGAGACGAUCGGUCAAUACGCCAGCCUCUACAGUCUCGACAGACAGCUCAAGAACUACAAGCAGUUUCAAAACAGCCCGCCCCACGUAUGGCUCAAGGUCAAAGGCGACGUCUUCGAAGCGUACGUCGCAGCCGUUGUCCUAUCCAGCCCGGACGGCGCAGAGACGGCCAAAAGCUGGCUCCACCAGUUGUGGGAACCAAAGGUCCAAGCAGUCGCUGCCAGCACUCCUCCGAAGCCAAAGAAGACCAAGGAGGAACUGGCCAAGAAGAUUCUGAUGAAGGGGACCAAGAUCAACUACGUCGACGAAAAGGCUCCCGUGGUCCAUUACGGUCAAGGCCGGGAAGAAUACUUCGUCGGCGUGUAUUUCACUGGUUUUGACUGGGAGAAUCAGUAUUUGGGAAGUGGCCGAGGUCCCAGUCGAGUCGAGGCCGGCAUGUUUGCAGCAGCAGACGCGCUCAAGAAUCCGCUGGUGGACCACAUCGCCGGAGAGAAGGCGAAGGCCUUGGUGCAGCGUGAGAAGGAUGCUGUAGCCGUCAAGGACAAAGGAAUGCAGAAAGAGCAAGAGUUGGGUCGUGGCAAUGCCGAGGCGGUGAAGCCGGAAUCAUUGACAGAAUCGAGAGAGCCGCAAGCUUCUGCAGAGAAGCCGCCAGACGAGCAACUUCGAGGCCCCCAUAUGGUAGUAUGA